AUGUCUCUGCUAUCAGGAUCAAUACAACCUCCCCUCUUGACCCUGCUUUCCUCGACCUCGUCUCCUUCCCUUUCUCCCCUCUUCCAACCCGUGACCGACGAUUCCAAAGACUCACAUAUAGCCUCGUUGCUCGAUCACGCAACAGCUCAAGCACCUGGCUCUUCACGAUCCGUUCCUCACGCUCGAGCGAAAGGAGGUAUCUUACACAACGUAGUGCAUAUCCAAUCUUCCAAUCCUCGGCAAACUUACAUUCAAGCUGGUUGUUCGCUGAGCGAAUAUCGAAAGAGACUGGAAAAAGGGAAAGCAAGGGAUGAUGGAGUCCUUCCAUUGGGUAUAGAAUUACCUUGGAUAGGACUACAGGUGAAAAGAUUGGGUAGGAGACAUAUGAGCUUCGAAGUCGGUAUAGUGGACAAUAGAGGUAGGGAAGGUAUAGUGAGACUUUCAAGUUUCAAGAAGAAUCCAACUGUGCAUCCUCAUCGCUCUCCACCAUUGAUCCAUCUUCCUUUACAACCGCCUCAACAGAAUCCUUCGACGCUCACACCAUGGUUUCAUGUACCCCUUCAUUUGGCCCCAUUGAUCCAACUGUUUCAUAGCCUCCCUAGACCGCAACGGCAUGCUUCAGAUGAUGAUGAUGACCGUGAAGAUAGCAGAAAAAGAAGAAAAGUGGCAGAAUUACCUGGUGGAACCUUCGCGAGCAUAAGCUACGUAAGGGUAUAUGCGAAUUGCAGAGUCAGAAGGAUAUGGUUUUCUGCAGAUGGGGAAAGGACGAUCCAAGAUAUGGGGAAGGGUGUGAGGGAUGAGUGGGAAUUGUAUGCGGCGGAUGAGAUGGCCUAG